GAGCUCUAUAAAAGCUAUAUAAGCAGUCAGACUCGCUGUGUUUCCAGGAGAAUAAUCAGUAUCAAACUUUCUAUCACCUUUUACACAAACAUCAUGUCCAACUCUGAGGAUCGCAAGCCCGUGGCCGAUCAGGCUGAAGACGACGCCUGGUUCCCAUCACCAUUCUCUCUCACCCAAUACGUGGGACCCAAGACCGACUUCGAUGGUGCAGACUACCCCAAUGCACAGAAGAAGGGUGGAAAAUGGAAGAUCCUUGUCAUCGGCACCCAAGAACGCUACCUUAAGAUGGCCGACGGGAAGUUCUUCUCCACCGGCAACCACCCAGUUGAAAUGCUGCUACCCAUGCUCCACCUCCACGAAGCUGGCUUCGAACUCGACAUUGCUACACUCACUGGCGAGCCUGUCAAGCUUGAAAUGUGGGCUUUCCCCAAGGAGGAUGAAGCUGUCAAGGGCAUCUACGAGACCUACAAGCAGAAAAUGCGUAAUCCUCUUGCGCUUUCUGAUGUCUGGGGCAAUGGAUUCACUAAGGAUACACCAUACAUUGGUGUCUUCGUCCCUGGUGGCCAUGGAGCUUUGAACGGAAUCCCUCAAUCACCUGUCGUGGGCAACAUCCUCCGCUGGGCAGAUGCAAACAAGCGCUACCUCAUCACCCUCUGCCACGGUCCCGCCUGCAUGCUCGCCGCCGACCUCGCCAAACCCGCCGGCGAAAAGUUCAUCUACGAUGGCUACAAGAUCGAUGUCUUCCCUGACUCAUUGGACAAUGGCGCCAAUAUCGACAUCGGAUAUAUCCCCGGCAAGAUGUCGUGGCUUGUCGGUGCAGAGCUGAAGAAGCUGGGUGUUACACCUAUCAAUGAGAAGAUCACUGGCGAGACUCAUCAGGAUAGAUAUGUGCUUACUGGAGAUUCACCGUUGGCUUCUAACAACUUGGGCAAGCUUGCUGCCAAUACGCUGCUCAAGGAGAUUGAGAAUAUGUCUUAAGGCCUGGGCACUUUCUUUAGUAGUGCGUCCUUGAUAACGAGAUAGUCGAAUAAUGAUACAAUGUCGAACAUAAAUUUAUGUAAUUUCUGGUC